CACACACACACACACAUACACACAUACACACACACACCGCUGUACACCGCAGUAGUACCGCUAAUGUGAAAGGACCUCUCGGCUACACUGCACUUAUUGUGAUUAAUACUAGUAGGAGCUGAAAGGUCAGACGUUUCAGUAUGAAUGAGCCGGAAGGACUGCGCUUCAGGAAGCUGAAUAGACCUCAGAUUUUAACAGAUGAAACGCAUGAACCCCAAUACAAAAGCACGAGCACGUACAGCGGGAAGGUGUUCCGGGUCACUCUGAUGUCUCUGGCUGCGUUCCUGAUUCUCCCAGUCCUGGUGGUCAUUUUUCUCCUGGAGUCCCCCAUUCAGCCAGAAGCAUUCAGUCUCAAUGAACCACCGCUCAUGACUGGUUGCUUUGAGCCCAACCAAAAGCUUAGACAGGCAGAAAGACUGUUUGAGGACCACCUCACUGGGCCUGAAUCUAUCGCUAAUAUUGGAGAUAUUCUUUACACUGGUACUGCAGAUGGAAAGAUUGUGAAAAUUGACGGUAGAAAAAUCAAUGUUGUGGCAACUCUGGGAAAGCCUCCAUGUGGGUAUCCCGAGCAAGAACACGUUUGUGGCCGGCCGCUUGGAAUCAGAGUGGGUCCGAAUGGCACCUUGUUUGUGGCUGAUGCCUACCUGGGCCUGUUUGAGGUUAAUCCUGUCACAGGUGAGACAACACAACUAGUGAGCACCAAGAAGCUGAUCGGGGGUCGACGGCUCUCAUUUGUCAAUGACCUGGAUGUGACACAGGAUGGGAAGAAGGUGUAUUUCACUGAUUCCAGCAGCAGGUGGCAGCGUAGGGACUUCAUGAAACUUAUCAUGGAGGCCACAGCAGAUGGCAGGGUUCUGGAGUAUGAUACUGAGACUAAAGAGGUUGCAGUCAUGAUGGAGAACUUGCGCUUCCCUAACGGCAUCCAACUCCUUCCCGACGAAGAGUCUGUUCUUGUUGCUGAAACUACGAUGGCAAGAAUACGGAGGAUUCACGUAGCUGGUCUCAAUAAGGGAGGCAUGGACACCUUUAUAGAAAACCUGCCUGGCUUUCCUGACAACCUCCGCCGCAGCUCCUCUGGUGGGUACUGGGUGGCCAUGUCUGCCAUCCGGCCAAACCCUGGCUUCUCCAUGCUCGACUUCUUGUCACAAAGACCCUGGAUUAAGAAUCUCAUAUUUAAGCUCUUCAGCCAGGAAACAUUAAUGAAGUUUGUGCCACGCUACAGUCUGGUGGUGGAGCUGCAGGAUGGAGGUACUUGUGUACGCAGUUUCCACGACCCACACGGCACUGUGGCAGCCUACAUCAGUGAGGCCCAUGAGCACAAUGGUUACCUUUACUUGGGCUCCUUCCGCUCUCCUUAUCUGUGUAAACUGGACUUGAGCAAAGUGUAAAACAGUCCUACAUGAACAUGGGACUGUAAGUCACUGGGGCUUGAUUAUCAGUCAUGUAACAUUUCCUCAAGAUGCAACAAACCGUUUUUUUUUACCUUCUCCCAUAAUCCACUGCUGAACUGAGAAAACAGAAUCCUUCACAUUCAUUCCUGCAUUGAAUAGAGAUGCUGUCAUUCAGCUUUGACUUGCACUCACUGAGCACUUUAUUAGGAAAACAGCCCCAAUUCUUCGUGGCAUGGAUUUCACACAAUGUGGGAAACUUUGAGAUUCUGGUCCAUGUUGACAUGAUUGUAUCACACAAUUUCUACAGAUUUUUCAGGUGAACGUCCAUGCUGAAUCUCCUGUUCUACCACAUCCCAGAGGUGUUCUAUAGGAUUCCAAUCUGGUGACUGGGAAGACCAGUGAAGAACACUGAACUCACUGCCAUGUUCAUGAAUCCAGUUUGACUUUUUGUGACAGGGUGCGUUAUCAGACUGGUAGUAGCCAUUAGUUGCGUAAAUUGUGACCGCGAAGCAAUGCACACAGUUGUCAACGAAUAGGCUGUAGCAUUCAAACAAUAACUUAUCCUGACCCUACCUUCAGUGUGAAUCAGACCAGUCUACGUUUUUCCAGUCUUUUACCUGUCCAGUUGUGGUGAGCAGUUGUCCAUUGCAGCCACAGCUUUCUUUUCUAAGGCUGACAGAAGUGGAACCUGACAUGGUUCCUGACAUUCUGGACAUGGAACCUGACAUUCUGCUGUUAUAAUCCAUCCAUCUCAAGGUCUGAAGUAUUGUGCAUUCUGAGAUGCUUUUCUGCUCACCACAACAGUGUAGAGUGGUUAUCUGAGUUACUGUAGCCCUUUCUGUCAGCUCAAACCAGUCAGGCGAUUCUCUGAUGACCUUUCUCAGUAAGAAGGUGUUUCUGUCUGCAGAACGGCUGCUCACUGGAUAUUUUUUCACAAUUGAACCAUUUUGAGUAAACUCUAGACACUGUUGUCUAUGAAAAUCUCAGGAGAUCAGCGAUUAUAGA